AUGUCCUCCCAAUCUGUCUCUGCUGUCUUCAAGCUUGUUAAGGCCCCUAUCUAUUCGCAUUGUUUCUCCCAGGACAAAUCGUUACUGGCAGUCACUUGCAAGAACGAUUGUCUGAUCUAUCGUUUCACCAAUGGUUCUCCACAAUUAGUGGCAACUUUAUCUAAUCACGAUAAGACUGUUACUGCCGUUGAUAUUUCUAUUCAUGGUAGAAUUGUCACUUGUUCUCAGGAUAGAAACGCUUAUGUCUGGGAACCUCUAAGUGAUGGAACCUACAAACCUACACUGGUUCUAUUAAGAAUCAAUCGUGCUGCUACUUGUGUCUCUUGGGCUCCUAGUGGUUACAAGUUUGCAGUAGGUUCGAGUGCUAGAAUUAUUGCCGUUUGUUAUUAUGAACAAGAAAAUAACUGGUGGGUCUCUAAACAUAUCAAGAAACCUAUCAAAUCUACCGUAGGAUGUUUAUCUUGGCAUUCUAAUGGUGUCCUAUUGGCCUCCGGGGGUACUGAUGGUUACAUGCGUAUCUUCUCUGGUUUCGUCAAGGGGCUGGACUCCAAGGAUGCCGUUGCUGGUUCGCCAUGGGGUGAUAAAUUCCCAUUUGGUGCUCUUGUAAGAGAAUUUUAUCAUGGAUCUUAUAUUGAGGAUGUUGAAUGGAGAAGUUCCAUUGAAAGUAUUGGUUAUGUUUCUCAUGAAGGUACUUUAAACGUUGUUGAUGCUAAUAAUAAUCAUUCUCAAGUCAAUGCUCCUGAUGGGUUACCAUUCAAUACGUUGUUAUGGAUUAAUGAUCAUGAAAUUCUAUGUGCAGGUUUUUCUAAUCAUCCAGUAUUAUUUGCUGAAGCUACUGGAGGAUGGCAAUUCGCUAAGGAUCUAGAUAAACCUGCAUCUACAGAUUUAUCUGCCCAUAAUACUGGUAAUAACAAUAAUAAUGAGGAUCUGGAUGAAAGUGAAGACGUGAGUGCCACAUUUGGUAUUUCUGCUUUAAGAAAAUUUAAACAAUUGGAUUUGAAAGGUAAAGUCUCUACCGAUGUUAAUGAAACAGCUCAUGAAAAUACAAUCACACAGUUAUUACCUUACCAAGAGACUAAUGGUCAAGUGACUCAAGCUUCAGCUUGUGGUCUGGAUGGUAAAGUAGUCAUUUACAACAUCUAA